AUGUCUCAGCCCCGUCCAAAACCGUGGGAGGUUUCUUCUGGGACUUCUGCAGCGGCAGCUGAAAGCACAGGUGUUUCAACUCAAGCAUCAACUUUAUCGUCAGAUCUGAAUAUUCCAACUGCUCCUGAGCGACCAGCGGCACUUUCUUCAGAUCUUUCAAAUAUGUCAAAUACAACUCCCUAUGGCACAGGAAGCUCAGGUUAUGGAGCAGGAACAGCCGGGUAUGGCUCUUCUGGAUAUGGUAGUACUGGCGGUUAUGGUUCAGGAUAUGGGUCCGGGAUGUCUGGAUACGGUUCAGGCUAUGGAUCAAGCUAUGGUUCAGGAUAUGGUUCUGGGAUCGGAGGAGGUUAUGGAUCGCGGUACGGACUCGGAUCUCUGAUGUAUGGGGGAGGUUUGGGGAGUUAUGGCAACUAUGGUUCGGGAAUGUAUGGGAUGGGAGGAUACGGAGGAGGCAUGUAUGGAAUGGGAGGUUAUGGUGGAGGAAUGUAUGGCAAUCAACCGGGCGCUGGAGGCAUUGCUGAGGGAACUCAGGCCACUUUCCAUCUCAUAGAAUCAAUAAUUGGCGCCGUGGGAGGAUUUGCACAGAUGUUGGAGGCCACUUAUAUGGCGACGCAUUCGUCAUUUUUCACCAUGGUUUCGCUUGCCGAGCAAUUUGGCAAUCUCAAAAACGCCUUGGGGUCGUUGCUAGGCAUUUUCGCCUUGAUAAAGUUCACCAAAAAAUUCUUUUACAAGCUAACGGGUCGCAACUAUAAUCAUGGAAUUUCCGCCGGCGAGUUCACCAAAUUUGAAAAAAAUCAAAAACGUUUGGAGGAAAAUCUUCGCCGCAACCAGCUGGGAUCCCCACUGCGCAUCUCGUUCAAACCUCUCCUCUUGUUCCUCGCGGCAUCAAUUGGAUUUCCAUACUUGUUGAGCAAAGCCAUUCAAAAACUUAACGAGCAACAACAACAAAGAUUACAAGGACCAGGUGGACCAGGCGCUCCUGGUGUUCCUGGAACUCAACAACCCGGUAUGCCCGCUCCUAAUGGUGUGGAAGCCCCAAUGAACCUCCAGUUUGCCAAAGCACUUUAUGAGUUCAACCCAGAAAACCCUAAUAUUGAGAUAGAACUCAAACCCAAUGAAUUGGUAGCGAUCUUGUCGCAAAAAGACCCUUUGGGCAACGACAGUAAAUGGUGGAAAGUCAGAUCGAGACUGGGAAAAGUCGGUUAUGUUCCGCUGAACUUUUUGAGUGUGAUUGAGCGUAAGGCCAUUGCUCCACAGGUGGAGGCAGAGGCUGCGCCAGUCGAAAAGAAGUGA